UGCCUCCACCACACGCUUCUCGGACAUUCGGACUUGUCGAACCACCCCUCUCUAUAGUAGACCAGCUCAUACUGCAACAAUGAUGUCCACAGGCAUGUUGGGAGAAGAUGGCAUCCAUGUCGACAUGAACCACCUCAAGAAGGGCGAGGUCAACCUUGGAACAUCCAUCAUGGCCAUCAACUUCAAAGACGGCGUCAUAUUAGCUGCCGACAGUAGGACGACGACCGGAGCAUACAUCGCAAAUCGUGUCACCGACAAGCUCACACAAGUGCACGACACCAUCUGGUGUUGCAGAUCGGGAUCAGCUGCAGAUACACAGGCUGUCGCGGAUAUCGUGCAAUAUCACCUGGGCAUGUACGGUACCACCAACGACGAGCCACCGACCACACAGACUGCAGCAGCCAUCUUCCAAGAGCUCUGCUACUCCAACAAGGACCAACUCUCAGCUGGACUCAUUAUUGCCGGAUGGGACCACCGCCACGGCGGACAGGUAUACUCGAUUCCCCUCGGAGGCUCCCUGCACAAGCAGUCAUACGCAAUUGGCGGCUCAGGCUCAACGUACAUCUAUGGAUACUGCGACGCAAACUGGAGGGAGAACAUGAGCGAGGAGGAAGGCAUCAAGUUUGUCAAGGGCGCGCUCUCAGAAGCCAUCAAGUGGGACGGCAGCUCGGGCGGUGUGAUUCGCAUGGUGGUGCUCACAGGCAAGGGCGCGCAGAGGCAUCUAUACCUGCCAGACCAGAACUACGAUGGGCCAGGCAAGCAGUAGAAGUGGUCGUCAUGACGGUGGUGGGUACAUAGGCACACCAUGUAUGAUAUAGCACGACAUGAUGAUGAUACCUGAAUGAGCGAAAUGAGACAAAAGGAAUCCAUGGUUACCAUGAUGCACCGGAACUCGGGCAGUAGGCGUGGGAUGGAGGCGCAACCACUGGCCAAUCAACAGGCAGCAUCAGGGC